CCCCCCCACCUCCGAGCAGCGGCUAGAGCCUGGGAGCCUGCGCGGCGCGGCGGCCGGGCCGAGCGGGGAGAUGAACACGGUGCUGUCCCGGGCCAACUCGCUCUUCGCCUUCUCUUUGAGCGUGAUGGCGGCGCUCACCUUCGGCUGCUUCAUCACCACCGCCUUCAAGGAGCGCAGCGUGCCCGUCAGCAUCGCCGUCUCCCGGGUCACGCUAAAAAAUGUAGAAGAUUUCACUGGACCUAGAGAAAGAAGUGAUCUGGGAUUCGUCACAUUUGACAUUACUGCAGAUCUGCAGAGUAUAUUUGACUGGAAUGUUAAACAAUUGUUUCUAUAUUUGUCUGCAGAAUAUUCAACGAAAAACAAUGCUCUAAACCAGGUGGUCCUUUGGGACAAGAUCAUGUUGAGAGGAGAUAACCCAAGGCUGUCCUUAAAAGACAUGAAGUCAAAGUACUUUUUCUUUGAUGAUGGAAAUGGUCUCAAGGGAAACAGGAACGUCACUUUGACUCUCUCCUGGAAUGUUGUACCAAAUGCUGGCAUUCUACCUCUUGUAACAGGAUCAGGACAUGUGUCUGUACCUUUCCCAGAUACUUACGAAACAACAAAAAGUUAUUAAAUUAUACUGAAUCCUAAGCAAGAUAUUUUUAUACUUGUAUAUUGUGAAUAAAUUUUAUUGAGGUUUCUUUUCACAUCCCAUGCAACUCUUCAGUGAAAGGUACUUAAUUUCCUCAGGUCUAACAGCAUAGGAAAAGGAAAUGAAAGUUCAGGGGUUUUUUUAAAUAAAACAUUGAAGCUGAAACUUAAGGGAAAGGUAAAUUGCAGAGUAAUGGUUUGGGGGGGAAAACUGAGGAAUUUUUUUUUUUUUUUUCUCCUGGCCAUCUGGGUAUAGAUCUCCUUUUCUUUUAAAUAAACAUUUUUAAACCAGAA